GCGGUGCUAACGGGACGUUAGCCCUGUAGGUUUAUUCUACCGAACCUGUCCGCCACCGACUUCUGCCGCAAAGACUGAAUCGAUACAAUUUUAAAACGUGCAUUUAAGAUGCGAUAGAAAAGACAACGAUGUAGUCGCCUGUCGGUCGUUGUAAUUUCCACAUUCAUGUUUAUUUAGCAAGUGUGUGUUCUUUUAUGUUUAGCUUUAAUUUGUGUUCUCAUCGCCGCACCCACCAUAUUUAUUAUUUUAUUGUAAGCUAGCAGGCUAGCGUCUUCUGGGAGCUAACGUUGACUUGAAGUCGAGCACAGACGGUUACGACAUAUAAAUAACAACAAACUACGAGGCAUUCAAGGUAUAGGCGUUGUCUUGAAUAUUAAUGUGCCGUUUUUGUUCAUGCUGACUUGCUCCUAAAUUACUGUACCGCCACACCUCAGCUUGUGAUCUAGUUAUUCACGUCCUGUAGUCAUCAUGACGGGUGAAAAGAUUCGCACUUCACGGAAGGACCACAAAAAAACCAACAAAAACCAAGCGAUAAUGGACGCCUACGACGAGACCUCCAACGGGACGAUCCCUAACGGUACGGGUUACUUUAAGUCCAACAAGGCUUUCCACAAAUCGGUCAAAUCCUCAGCCCUGCAAGAGCAGCUCAAUGCAAACAACAUCAAUGGAAACGCACCAGUCGUCGCGGAAGAUAGCAACAAAAACCCGAUAAUCCUGACGAGUGACGAGCUGGAGUUCCCUGUUCACGAGUGCGUGUUCAAAGGAGACGUGCGUCGGCUCUCCUCUCUCAUCAGGACCAACAGCAUCUCGCAGAAAGAUGUUCACGGGAACACACCUCUUCACCUGGCUGUGAUGCUGGGCCACAAAGAGUGCGCUCUUCUGCUUCUGGCCCAUAACGCUCCUGUGAAGAUAAAAAACGCACAGGGAUGGAGUCCUUUAGCAGAAGCUAUCAGCUACGGUGACAGACAGAUGAUCACAGCUAUAUUAAGGAAGUUGAAGCAGCAGUCGAGGGAAAGUGUGGAGGACAAGAGGCCAAAAUUACUGAAAGCUCUCAAAGAGCUUGGUGACUUUUAUCUGGAGGUGCACUGGGACUUUCAAAGCUGGGUUCCUUUGCUGUCCAGAAUGCUGCCAUCUGAUGCUUGUAAAAUCUACAAGCAGGGCAUAAAUAUCAGGCUCAAUACUACCCUCAUAGACUUCAAUGAUAUGAAGUGUCAGCGUGGAGAUCUGAGCUUUAUUUUCAACGGUGACGCCCCGCCCUCACAGUCCUUUGUGGUUCUGGACAAUGAAGCAGAAGUGUACCAAAGAAUACACCAUGAGUGCUCACCCCGCUCCUCCUCCAAGGAGUCAGAGAUGGAGACUGAAGAAGAAGUGGACAUUCUGAUGAGCAGUGACGUCUACUCUGCAACCCUGUCAACAAAGUCCAUCACCUUCUCUCGUAGUCAGAUUGGCUGGCUCUUCAGAGAGGACAAAACAGAGAGGGUUGGAAACUUUCUGGCUGACUUCUAUUCGGUGAACGGCCUGGUGCUAGAGUCAAGGAAACGACGGGAGCACUUAAGUGAAGAAGACAUCUUGAGGAACAAAGCCAUCAUGGAGAGUUUGAGUAAAGGAGGCGGCAUCAGUGAGCAGAAUUUUGAGCCUGUGAGAAGGCAGUCCCUCACAGCUCCAACUCCUAACACCAUUUCUUGGGAAGAGUACGUAACUGCAGAGCCUGGAAAGCCUCCUCAUCUUGGCCGAGAACUUGUGUGUAAAGAAAGCAAGAAGAACUUCAAAGCUACUGUAGCUAUGAGCCAGGAUUUCCCUUUAGGCAUCGAGUCGUUACUAAACGUCUUGGAAGUCGUAGCGCCGUUCAAGCACUUCAACAAACUCAGAGAGUUUGUUCAGAUGAAGCUUCCACCUGGGUUUCCAGUCAAACUAGACAUCCCCGUCUUCCCCACGAUCACAGCGACUGUCACCUUUCAGGAAUUCCGCUACGACAAAUUUGAAGAGUCUAUUUUCUACAUCCCUGCUGAGUACAAGGAAGAUCCCAACCGCUUCCCAGACCUCUGAUCUGUUGACACGUCUGACACAAACAGGAAACGGCUAGCGGGUUCGGGAGAGCGCAGGCUCAUUCUGAAUCCAUUAGUUGUUCAAGAAGAGAAAAUAAAGGGAGUAACUUUAAAAAAAAAGAAAAAAAAGAGUUAAUGUUCAUUUUGCUGAUGUAUCCAAAGCAAAUCAAUGCAAGAAAAUAUCAGAGCUCCAUGUGGCAUAUAGAGUGCCGGCAGUUGUUUUUGUGAAAUGAGUGAUGGCUUUCUUUGUUCUCGCUGUUCAUAAACUGAGCCGUUAAAGCUGCUGUUCUCUACUUUUAAAGCUGUCAGGUGACCCAGCUCGUACAUCUCAUCGGUAUUUAAAUAUAUACUUUAUUUCAUCUGUAAGGAUUCUCAUUCUCGAAACAUCACUCCCAUCAUAUGUAAAAUAGUUCAUGUCUCUUUAAUUCACAAUAACAAAUAAUAGCUAUAUCCUCAAACUGAGCUUACUGUUCAUUUAUAUAUUGUGUACUAUAUAUAAACUCAAAUGAGUAACACUGUGUAGCAAUACAUUUCCAGUUCUUAAGAAUGUUUUUUUAACCAGGUGGGAAAAGGCUUUGGCUGAAAAAUGCAGAUAUUCAGCCUUUUUCCCAUGCAGGACACAGUCUCCUGUGUGUUCAGGUUUGCUAAUGUUACCUCUCAGCUGUCCACGUUUUGUCGUGAUAACGAGCUCUGUGCUCAGAGUGAUAUGUUGUGUUGAGGUUUGUUGUGUCAGUUUGUGUGGGGGAGAACCCAGAUGGGAUAUCAGGUAAACUGUUCUUAAAGUUUAUUACUGCACUGAUAUUUAAGGCAUGCUGUGGCUGUGUUGGCCUUUUGGAUCACAUGCAUCUUUAUGCUACAUUAUUUAAGCAUUUGUUACUGUAUAUUACCUCCAGAUCCACUGAUAUUUAGAUGAGUUUUAAAAGAAAUGUAACACUAACACUUUAGAACUUGUAGUGCUCAUUAAAAAUAUUUUCUACACAUAUAUAGAAAGCCAAGGAGGGAAAACCAAGCUGUGAAGUUUAUAAAACUGGAUACAUUCAUCCAAAUAGGAAUUAUUCUGAUCCAUUGUCGCUGGCUUCAGUUAAAAUGUACUGCAAUCAUAACCACUUCACAUCCCUUUAAAUAAAGC